AGUCAUCGGCGGGAGCGCCUCGUGUGCGGACGUGUUGUCGAAAGUUCGGUCACUUUGAUAAAUGUCAAACUCAUUAUUUCGUCUGAAAAGAUGUGACAUGUGCAUCGCAGUGAAGUAAACAAACAUUUUAAUUUCUGUUCCACGACGUCUAACGCGUUAGAUUAUGAUUUAGAAGGUUAUUUCUCGUCCUAUUAAUGUCGAACUGUUUACACCGGGGACUCCGUCUAAGUAGGUAAAGUGCUGAGUGUUUUGAAUCGCUAUGGACCGUGUCGGUGGUGUGUGUAAAUUCGGAGGCAUGGUUUCCUCUGUGAGAACCCGGACUGGAAAAGGCAAACGGAAGGUGGCAGCAACAGCCCCGCAGCCAAAACCGACGCCAGAGAAGCAUCCACGUCGGGGGCUCGGGGCUGUACUGGUCCUGGCGUGUAUUGUUGUCUAUCACAACUGCCUGUAUUGUGGAUUUGUCUUUGACGACAUUAGCGCUAUCAAGGAGAACAGAGAUCUGAGACCUCACACCCCCAUUUCCAAUAUAUUCCUGAACGAUUUUUGGGGAACUCCGAUACAUAAGGAGCAGUCCCACAAGUCGUACCGGCCGCUGACAGUCCUCACGUUCAGAUGGAACUACGCGCUUCACGGCCUGCAGCCCGCUGGCUACCACCUGGUCAACCUGCUGCUCCAUGCCCUGGUCUCGCUGCUCUACUACAGGGUGUGCGGCAUGUUCCUUCCUGAGUUCACAAGUUUCAUCGCGGCCCUUCUGUUCGUCAUACAUCCGAUACACAGCGAAGCCGUAACUGGAGUGGUCGGUCGGGCGGAGAUGUUGUCGUCUCUGUUCUUCCUCGCAGCUCUACUCUUCUACGCUCGCGCAGCCUCCCGAAGGCGCACCACAGGCUGGCUGUACGUGGUGCUGUGUACGGUGUGCGUGGGAGUGGCGAUGCUGUGCAAGGAGCAGGGCAUCACCGUCACGGGGGUCUGCGUGGUCUACGAGAUCUUUGUCGCGCAGAAGCGGCGCAACACCUCUGGGAAGUCGUGGAUGGAGUCGUGGGGCACCUGGAGUUGCGCCUGCACGGAGGCGGCGCGGCGCAUGGCGACGGUGUGCUGUGCCACGCUGGCGCUGCUGGCCGCCAGACUCCACGUGAUGGGCGCGCAGCUGCCCGUGUUCACCCGCUUCGAUAACCCCGCCGGCGCUUCGCCCCCACCCGCCAAACAUCUGACGUUCGCCUACCUGCCCGCCCUCAACACGUGGCUGCUGACGCUGCCUGAGGCGCUGUGCUGCGACUGGACCAUGGGAACCGUACCGCUGCUGCAGUCCUGGGACGACCCCCGCAACCUUGCCACCCUGGCCCUCGCUGUAUCCCUCCUGGUCGCUGGGGUACAGGCUCUGAGGACUCGCUCCUCUGCUCUAUCUAUGGGUCUAGCGCUGCUGGUGCUGCCAUUCAUACCGGCGUCGAACCUGUUCUUCCCUGUGGGCUUCGUAGUGGCCGAACGGGUUCUGUACAUGCCAUCGAUGGGCUGGUGUCUGCUCAUCGCCCAAGGCUUCAGGCUAUUCGCAAAGAAACGACCCAGGCUGGCCGGAGCUCUGCUUGUUACCCUGAUCGUGGCGUUCAGCGCCAAGACGUACGUACGAAACUGGGACUGGAAAUCUGAGUACACCAUAUUCGCGUCUGGACUGAAGGUAAACAGAAACAAUGCGAAGCUGUACAACAACGUCGGCCACGCUCUCGAGGGGGAGGGGAAGUACUCCGAGGCGCUGGAGUUCUUCAAAACGGCCGUCGGCGUCCAGCCGGAUGACGUCGGAGCCCACAUCAACGUCGGCCGGACUUACAACCACCUGGGCAAGUACCGCGAGGCCGAGGAGGCCUACGUCAAAGCCAAAUCGCUUCUGCCCAAGGCCAAGCCCGGCGAAUCGUACCAGGCCAGAAUCGCCCCGAAUCAUCUGAACGUUUUCCUCAAUCUGGCGAAUCUGAUAUCCAAGAACACGUCGCGCCUGGAGGAAGCGGACCUGCUGUAUAGACAGGCGAUCAGCAUGCGGGCGGACUACACCCAGGCCUAUAUCAACCGAGGCGACAUCCUGAUCAAACUGAACAGGACCAAGGAGGCGCAAGAGGUGUACGAACGGGCGCUGCUGUAUGACAGUACCAACCCGGAUAUUUACUAUAACCUCGGAGUAGUCCUUCUGGAGCAGGGCAAGGCGUCGCAGGCGCUGGCGUAUCUCGACAAGGCGUUGGAGCUGGAGCCGGAGCACGAGCAGGCGCUGCUCAACUCCGCCAUCCUGCUGCAGGAGUUGGGCGCCGCAGACCUGCGGGACCUCGCCAAGGAACGCCUGCUUAAACUACUCGUUAGGGACUCGACGAACGAGCGCGUGCACUUCAACCUGGGCAUGGUGUGUAUGGACGAGGGCGACGCUGACUGCGCCGAGCACUGGUUCCGCGCCGCCGUGCACCUCAAACCAGACUUCCGAUCGGCUCUGUUCAACCUGGCUCUGCUCCUGGCUGACCGUCGCCGCCCCCUGGAGGCCGCGCCGUUCCUCAAGCAGCUGGUCCGACACCACCCCGACCACAUCAAGGCCCUCGUCCUGCUCGGAGACAUCUACAUCAACUCCGUCAAAGACUUGGAUGCUGCCGAAGCUUGCUACCUUCGUAUCCUGGAGCUGGAGGCGGACAACGUGCAGGCGCUGCACAACCUGUGCGUGGUGGCGGUGGAGCGCGGCCAACUGGAGCUGGCCGAGAAGUGCCUGACGCGGGCCGUGGAGCUCGCGCCGGCGGAGGCCUACAUCCAGCGCCAUCUCAACGUCGUGCGAGGACGACUGACGUCGGGCUCCCGGGCGCACGCGAACGACGCGGUCCGCGCGCGGUGGAACUACAUCCCGCAGCACCCGCCCGACCCCCACGAGACUGACUAAAUCCCUCAGGGUAGGCGUCGGCGAUUGUCGUGAACCUUCGGCUAAUCUCGGGAGCAAUGUUUAGGAUAUGCCAAAUUAUAUAGAAACGGAGUAGGAGCGCUCUCGCGCUACGUCCGAUCCGUAUCCGACCGCAUCCCGGACGACGGAAAGAAGUAUGCGAUGCCGGAUUUAGUGCGAAAGCUUUCGUGGAAUAGUUGUACUAUCAGAGAAGGUGAUUCCUAGGCAGAUGGAGACCUACGUAGUUUGGUCGCGUUACGUC